GUAUUGAAGUCUCCAACUAUUAUUACAGAGACAUCUAUUUCUCCUACCAAUUUUGUCAGUAUUUGCCUCAUGUAUUUUGGGGCACCUUGCUUAGGUGCAUAAUCCAUUUCCUUUUGACCUAGGAAUUCCCUUGCUAGGAAUUUGUCUGAAUGCAAAUGUACACCAAGAUAUUGGGUGGUAGAUGAUAUUAGGGAAUUAAUAUUUUGUAAAGUGCGGUAAUGAUAUUAUGGAUAGGAAGAAGAAUGCCCUUAUCUUUUUUAGAUGCAAGUGGAAGUAUUUAGGAAUAAAAUAUGAUGAUGUCUGGAAUAUAGUUUAAAAUAGUUUAUAUAUUUGAUAUAUGUAGCUAUGUAGCAAAAUAUUUUCAAUUGUUGGAUCUAGAUUUCUGUAUGUUUGGAAAUUUUAAUAAAGAGUAGAAACAUUAAAUUACACCAGGAUAGUCACUGUAGAAUGUUUGCAAAAAGCAGAAACAAUCUAAAUAUCUAUCUAUAACAGAAUCGUUAAAUGGUAGGCCAUUAAAAAGAAUGAGGUAUAUGUGUAUUGUCAUUGUUCAUUUAUUCCUUCUAUCAAAAUUAUUGAGUACCUACUAUUCUAGGCAACUAGACAUAUUGCAGGAAAAAAACCUACAUAUUCUGUGAGGUAGGAGACAGAAAAUAAAUAAGUAUAUGGAAGAUGAUGAGAGAGUGAAGGAGAGUGUGCCAGUUUUGGUAGGGUAGUCAGGGACAACCUGUCUCACAAGAUGUUGGGCAGAGGCCUGAAUGAAGUGAGGGAUGUGGUCAUCUGGGAGAAAAGCUUUCCAAGUCAAGGAAGCAUCAAGGGCAGAGGCUCUAAGUGGAAAAAGCUUAGCUUGUUUGUACUAGAGCAGAAUAACCAAGGAGAGGUUAUUGGGAUUCAGAGAUAUAGGUGAUGAGACAGGGAGGAGCAGAGGAAUCAGGUCACAUAGGGCAUUGUAAGCCAAAAUAAGGACUGUGGGUUUUAUUCUUAGUGAGAUAGGAAACUAUUGGAGGUUCUUAUGCUGAUAUUAAAAGAGCUCAGAGAUAUUGGUGAGGGGGAAGCAAUUCAUAGAACAAUGUGUAGAAUGUGAUCACUUUGUGUAAACUGGAGAGUUGUGUGUGUGUGUGUGUGUGUGUGUGUAGGUGAUGUGUACUUUUUUUUAGUAGUUAGACAAACAACUUGACAAUUGUUACCACUGAUGGUGAUGAGGGAGGGAGACUUCCACUUUUGUACCACUUUGUAUUGCUUAAACUUUUUUUUCAGCAUGUGCAUUCAUUACUUUAUCUUUAAAGUAAAUAAAAGUGUCCAAUGGGAAAGAAGGAAAUAAUUGAAGUUUUCUGGUUCUAAUAAUCCUUUCCCAAAUGGAGGCAGUGGUGUACAGAGGACAGCACCAGGUUCAAGGCCUGGCAACUGGACUUCGUCUUGGAGCAUCAGCUCCUUGUCUGUAAAGUGAGAAUGAUAAUUGCCCAACUCAGGGCUAUGUGAAGAUUUGAUAAGUUACUGUGCUUGGCACAUAGUUUUCAUUCAGUAAGUGGGGCUGCUCUUCAUAGCAGUAGUAGCUACAGAAUCACAAAACUCUUGUGCAGAUAUAUUAGAGUAUAAUAUAGCAGUGUGUUAUGAAGAAAAAUGGGGAGGCUUCCAGGCAAAGAAAGUGACUGGGAAGUGAAACCAGGAGCUGAGGGAAACAGGUUUUAAAAGACAAGAGCAAAAGACACUAUCCAUGAAGGCUCCAACCCAACCCCCUGCUCCCUCAGUUGGUGCCUAAGGAAGUUGGCCAGGCCAAGGCUCCCCAAGGUGCCAGUCAAGAAUCUCAAAGGACCCAACAAGAUAGGGGUACCCAGCCUGGAUCUAGGAGAAGGGUUCACAUGUGAGAAUUUGGUGCCCAUUACAUGUCCCAGAAUGGUGGGGGGUGUGUGUGUGUGUACAUCCCAAGCUCUGAAACUUCACACUUCAAAAAAGGAAUGAAGCUGAUUUCCCCAGAGAAUUAUCAGUGUAUACAUGCAGUCUGAUUUGCAUGAUUUAGGUGUUGUGUAGUCCAUUAAUUAAAACCCUGAAGGUUAAAAAAAGCAGACACAUGAAAUAUAUCAUGUGGCUGGCUUCAAAGAGAGAACAUUGACUAUAUUGUUGUCCUCUCCUGAUGAAUAUGGGCCGAUUUAGGAUUCCUUGACCACUUGACUAUGUAUGUCCUGAUUACCUCAGGGGAGCCCUGCCACUUAGCUUCCACUUACCUAUUCAGUGAGGAUAACAAUAGAAUUUAUAGGGUGAUGCAAACAUUAAAUGAAUCAGUAUGUGUGAAAUUCUAAACAGCUUUUCCAUCUAGUUAGUGCUUGAUUAUGAUGCUAGUAAGAAAGGAGAAGGGAAAGAGAAAGAAAGAAAAGGACAAAGAAGUGGAAGCAUUUCUUCUGACCAAACUGUGGUGAACUCGUUAGUUAUACCCUGACAUGUAAUCUUGGAAAAUAUAACUGGCUCGAGUUGCCUGGUAGCAGCAGACUAUGGAGAAAAUAUUGGGGACUGGACAAAAAGAGAAUGAGUGAGACCUGUGAAACUGCAAGAAGAUGCAAGGGAAGAGAGCAAAGGCAGAGACUCUUACCAUAUGGAACUACCUUAUGCUUUGAGUGUGUAUCCUGUGGUUCCCAUCUCUGUACCUUUGCCCAAGGUGAUCUCUUUGCCUGGAAUAUGCUUCCUCUUCUUUACACUCAAUGCUAAGCCUUUUUUUUUUUUUGACAGGUCAGACACUGCUUCCUCCCAGAAGCCUCCAUGCCAGGAGUAACAUGUUUCUCCAACUCCAUAACUCUAAAUAUCUGUUCUUUUAUCAUGGCCUUCCCUCCUUUUACCUUAGGGGUCAUUUUUGUAAUGUGUCUUCUCCUCUACUGGACUAUGAACAUCUUGAAGAUGUUUCCAUAUCUUCAGCUUCCUCACCCCUUGCACCACCUAUUGACAUCCACCUAUCAUCAGGACAGCUGGGGAGAAAACCAGUGUGACUUCAUUAAAGCCUUGAGCGCUUUGAAUGCUUCUCAGGUUGGUGUGAAACCUGCUUUCCUCAGAGGAGUUCCGAACUUCAUCACAAAGGGAGCCAUUUCUUUUUCUUUCCAAAAUGAAAAUGGACUUGGAGGUCAGUGAACCAAUAGACUUUAGUUCUGGAGACCAUGUCUACCUAGUUCGGAAAGCGGCAGGUGAUGAAGGCAUCCCACCCAAAUCUGGUCAGCCCUACAAAUCUUCACCUUCAACAGGACAAAGACAAACUCAGGGGAAUCCACACCCAAAGUCUGGUGAGCGGUCGGGUACCUAUGUGGUACAAAUUUCAGAUGAGUCCACCCCAGAUGAGAGCUCUACAGACGUAACCAAUCCAUUCUCAUCAGCAACUGUCCGCAGAGCUUUCAUUAGAAAAGUAUUCCUCCUCCUGUCUUUCCAGUUGAUCACCACUGGGGCAAUUGUCAGCAUUUUUAUCUUCUGGAAUGAUUUAAGAUCUUGGGUGCUCAAGAAUGCUUGGUUUACAUAUGCACUCUUUCCAGCCUUUUUUGUCGUACUUUUUUUACUUGCUUGCUGUGGGGAUCUCCGCCGUCGGGUGCCUGCAAAUUACAUUCUCCUGGGAGUGUUUACACUUCUUCAAGGUCUGCUGCUAGGAACCGUAUCAGUUUUCUAUAAUGCCGAGGAAGUAUUCUGGGCAACGGGAGCAACUGCUCUGGUCACACUGGCGCUCACUUUAUUUGCUCUACAGACAAAAUGGGAUUUUACCUUGCUAAAUGGAGUGCUGUUCGUUUUGCUAUUCGUACUUCUCCUGUAUGGAAUUCUCUUAAUCUUCGUACGAGCAUAUUGGUUGCAUUUAUUGUAUGCUGGACUUGGAACUGUGAUCUUCUCACUGUACUUGGUAAUGGAUGUGCAGCUCAUGGUGGGAGGGCGCCAUCAUCAUUCUGACCUGGAUCCUGAAGAGUAUGUUUUUGCUGCUCUGAACAUCUACUUGGACAUCAUCAACCUUUUCCUUUUUGUUUUGCAACUGAUUGGACUGGCACGGUAGUCAGAAGUCCAAGGCUUAUUUGUGUUGAAAAGAGGGAAGGAGGGAUGCCUGUGAAGUAUUGGCAGGCUCAGACAUGCAGAAGUUGCCACUUCAUGAGCCCUUUAAAAAAAAAAAGUUAAAAAUAAUAUCAUUUUUUUGUCAGAUAAAACCCAGUGUUCAGGAGAUGGUAGCUGUAGUUGUUAUACUUUUAGUUCCAUUGUUACAUAGCAAAAAUUUCUGGGGACAUUCUUGGUUUUAUAAAUUCAAAAGAUGCAUAUCAUAAUUCAUUUUUGUAAAGUGCCCAUAACUUUGUUGAUGUUAAUUGUUUUCCCAGGCACUAUUUAAAGCUGUAAACAACAUCGCUCUACAUGAAUAAAUUUGAUUAGA